AUGGCUUCUCCUACAACUGCCGUCAGCGACAUCGAAGCACUGGUGCGCCAGUUCCGCCUGCACGAGGUCCUGAACGAGGACCCAGCCACCAAGACUGUCUGGCUGCUGGGCUCAAUCGCCAGCGACACGCCCGUUGCCGGCUCCUCCGCCGCCGUCUUGACACUCGAACGCACUGCCAUCUCCCCCCUUGCCCUCCGCCCCUCCACUGUGCUGCUGCCACAGCUGACCCUGGACUCGGGCGCCCUGAAUGACAUCUACGCGUCGGCAACAGGCACCUCCCAUGCGCUCUCUCCAGACGUCCGCGUCUCGCUGAUCUAUCCGGCGCAGCAAAAACACAUCGACAAGUACCGCCGCCAGCAGUACAUGUGGAUUAAAGAGACAGCUGAGAUCUACGGGGCCGUGACCAGGCCGUAUAUUGACAACGAGCCAAAGUCGCGCAUCCAGUGGGUGUACAAUAUCCUGGACGGCUCGGCGGAGCGCGAGCGCGUGGUGGUAGAGGACAGCGACCGGGACACGGGGUUUGUGGUGUUGCCGGACUUCAAGUGGGACGGCGUGGGCGUGGAGAGCUUGUACUUGGUGGUGAUUGUGCGGCGCAAGGACAUCCGGUCGCUGCGCGAUCUGCGGCCGGAGCACCUGCCGAUGCUGCGCAAUAUACGGGAGAAAGUUGGCGCCGCCGUGGACUCCGUCUAUGGCGUCGCGCAAGACCAGCUGCGUAUGUUUGUGCAUUACCAGCCGUCGUACUACCAUUUCCAUGUACAUGUCACCCACGUUAACUUUUCUGGCAAGGGCGUGAUGGCUGGCAGAGCCCAUCUGCUCGACACUAUCAUCGAUAACAUCGAGAACAUUGCGCCCGACUACUACCAGAGGGCCUCGCUGUCGUUUACGUAUUAA